UUUUUUCUGGUGAAUUUUUUUUUCCGUAAACACGCAUAGGAGCCUAAGCUUCAGGUUUUGCUGCUCCGUAGACCGGAUCCUCUCUUUGUUCUUCGUCCUCUCUGACUCUCUGUCCCUCAUCUUCUCUUUUACUCAAUUUCCGUCUCCAUGGCGGCCUCUUUCAACUUCACUUCUCCAACACACACCCAUCCUUCUCGUCUCGUAUGUCCUACUUUAGUACAUCGAAACUGUAAUUCCACCACUUCGUCUUAUCCAAUUCCCAAAUUCUCAUUUCCAUCAGUACGUUCCAUUCAUCCUAGACCCAGACCCAGACCUAAAUCUGAUACCGAAAUCAAACGUCGCCAUGCUAGCGUCGUGGUUUCGGCGCUCAAGAACCUCUCCGACACCGAAUUGGUGGCCGUCCCACCUGAAACUGACGCAGUCCCUGGAACUUUCCCGUCGAGUUCCGGUGUCUACGCUGUCUACGACGGAAACACCGACCUCCAAUUCAUCGGCAUCUCUCGAAACAUCGCGGCCAGUGUCGUCGGUCACAGGAAAUCCGUACCUGAACUCUGCUCCUCUAUUAAGGCUGGGGUUGUAGAUGAGCCAGAUAGAGCAGCUUUAACCCAGGCUUGGAAGACAUGGAUGGAAGAACAUAUAUCAGCCACGGGAAAGGUCCCACCUGGCAAUGAACCUGGAAACUCUACAUGGGUGCGGAAACCCCCAAAAAAGAAGGCUGAUCUGAGAUUAACACCAGGACGCCAUGUUCAGUUGACGGUCCCUUUAGAAGGCCUCAUUGACCGUCUUGUGAAGGAGAACAAGGUGGUGGCCUUUAUCAAGGGAUCCAGAAGUGCUCCGCUAUGUGGAUUCUCGCAGAGAGUUGUGGGAAUUCUUGAGAGUGAGGGGGUUGAGUAUGAAAGUGUUGAUGUGCUUGAUGAAGAGUAUAAUUUUGGAUUGAGGGAGACAUUGAAGAAGUACAGUAACUGGCCUACUUUCCCUCAGAUCUUUGUUAAUGGCGAAUUGGUUGGUGGAUGUGAUAUUCUGUCCUCCAUGUACGAGAAGAGGGAACUUGCAGGUUUGUUCAGAAAGUAAAAUUGCAUUCAACUUUGUAGAAUUGGAGCUUUGUGUAACGAGCAUGGUUUGACAAUAGCGGCUAAUAAUUUAAGGUCAUUUAAUUUGUUUAAUGCGCAA